CGCGAAGAGAGGUGACGCGGCGAGCACACGGCCAUAGAGGUUACUGCUCUCCUGGGCUGUGAGGCUGUGAGGCUGUGACCAAACGCUCUACGCUCCCACUUCCCACCAACUCCCAAAUCCUCCCUGAAAAUAAGAAUACGAGGGUGAGCGAUCGAGCGGUCGAGGGGGUUGUGCUUGUGCGUCAGAUCAACCGACUGGUGGCGAGGCUGCGGGAGGAGAUGGCCGGCGAAGGGAAUGGGGAUGAAGGGUGGAGGCGGAGCGGCAUCGAGGUCAGCGCCCUGCAGUUCGGCUACGACGGGCAGCCGCCGCUCUUCGCGCGCUUCAACCUCUGCGUCGCACCCGGCUCCCGCUGCCUCCUCGUCGGCGCCAACGGAUCAGGCAAGACCACACUCUUGAAGAUUCUUGCGGGAAAGCAUAUGGUUGGAGGAAGAGAUGUGGUCCGUGUCCUCAAUGGUUCCGCUUUUCAUGAUACACAGCUAGUGUGCAAUGGUGACCUUUCGUACUUGGGUGGUUCUUGGAGCCGUACUAUUGGUUCAGCUGGGGAUGUUCCACUGCAAGGCGACUUCUCUGCUGAGCACAUGAUUUUUGGAGUUGAUGGGGUUGAUCCUGUCAGGCGAGAGAAGCUGGUUGAUCUGCUAGACAUUGAUCUGCAGUGGCGCAUGCAUAAAGUUUCAGAUGGGCAGCGCCGCAGGGUGCAAAUCUGCAUGGGUCUUCUUCAUCCAUACAAGGUGCUUUUGCUCGAUGAGAUCACGGUUGAUCUGGACGUGGUGACCAGGAUGGACCUGCUUGGUUUCUUCAAGGAAGAGUGCGAGCAGAGGGAAGCUACCAUCGUGUACGCCACCCAUAUAUUUGACGGACUCGAGACGUGGGCUACCGACUUUGCGUACAUCCAAGAAGGCGAGCUGAGAAGGUCCGGGAGAUACUCCGACAUCGAGGAGCUAAGGAGCGCCAAGAACUUGCUGUCGGUAGUCGAGUCGUGGCUGAGGUCAGAGACCAAACUUCCGAAGAAGGAACCCCCACCACGUCCUGAGACCCAGGCCAGGCGUUCCUCGCCGUUCGAUGCUUCUCCUUUCCGUUCGUCACGCCACAUGGCCUACUACCGUUGAUGGUUUCCCAACUCGUACUACACCAUUGCCUCUUGUUCUGCGCUAUAUAUAUAUAUUUUUGUUGUCGCUCAUAUCGUAUAGUAGCUGUGGAGUUUAAUAUGUGUCCUCUUCACGGCCCUUGUAGACAUCAAUCAAUAUAUAGCAGGCAGCACAGAAAUAAAAGUUUGGUUCGGUUGGUCU